AUGGUCGAUGAUGCAACUGGUGAUAAUGUGUCAUGUCUGCCACAAAUACUUGCCUCACAAGACGGGAAUGGAGCCUUGGAGCUUGAGCUAACAAAUCAUAAGCUCUUCACUUCUCUCGAUAGAACCGUUUUCUUGUUUUCUGGUUUACUUGUUUCUUCUUGUUUUCCCUUUGAAAAAAGAAAAGCUAGCAAUCCAAAUUAA